GCUAAUAGAGAUCCACAAAAAUAAAUCUUGAUCCCUUUCCCAUUAAUCUCCUUUUUCUUCCAAGAUGAAAGAGAAAUUCUCAUGCACCAUUCUUCAAAGCGAGGCCCUCACUAAGUACCUACUAGAAACAAGUGCCUAUCCAAGAGAGCACCAACAACUCAAGGAGCUUCGGCAGGCUACCGUUGAUAAAUACAGUCACCUGAGUGUGAUGAAUGUGCCAGCAGAUGAAGGGCAGUUUCUUUCAAUGUUGUUGAAAGUUAUGAAUGCAAAGAAAACAAUUGAAGUUGGAGUUUUUACUGGUUAUUCCCUUUUAGCUACUGCUCUUGCCCUCCCUGAUGAAGCCAAAAUAAUUGCGAUAGAUCCGGAUAGAGAAGCAUACGAGGUUGGGUUGCCAUUUAUUGAGAAAGCUGGCGUGACUCACAAGAUCCAAUUCAUUCAUUCUGACGCAGUCACGGCUAUUAACCAAUUACUACUUCACAGUGGAGAAGAAGGGACAUUUGAUUUCGCAUUUGUGGAUGCUGACAAAGAAAACUACAUUAAUUAUCACGAACUACUGCUGAAAGUAGUGAAGGUGGGAGGAGUGAUCGGCUACGACAACACCCUGUGGGCCGGCACCGUGGCAUUGGCUGAUGAGGAUCUAACCCAGGAAUGGAAGGAUAAGAUUGGGGAGAAUCGGAUCUUUCUUAGGAAUCUCAACACCUUUUUGGCUAAAGAUUCUCGCAUCGAACUAGCUCAUCUUUCCAUUGGUGAUGGCCUCUCCCUUUGCCGCCGCCUUCAUUGAUUCAUUCAAAUAUCGCUAUCUUUUCUUUUGCUUAAUAAAUCUGGGUGUGAAAUUUGGGGAAAUUCGAGGAUUGAUUUUAUUAAUGUA